AUGGCAGCGAUGUGUCCGGUUUUAGUUAUUAAGAAGAAUUUCGCAGAGCUCAUCAAGGCCGUCAGUCGCUAUGGCCUCCGUCUAGUCGUUGUGGGACGUAGUACGGCCGUGGAUUCCAAUAAUGAGUACAUCCCGUUGCUUCAACAACUUCAUUCACAGAGAAGUUGGAGGAUAUCACGUUUUCUGUCGUAUCUACCCGCUCAUCUACGAUCUGAAGUUUGCUUACCCUGUGGCAUGUCAGGAGUUGGAAUCAUUGCUGCUGGUGUUGCCAAAGGAAAUGCGGACCAUAUCACGGUCUCUGGACAUGCCGGAGGUACUGGUGCGUCGAGUUGGACUGGUAUCAAACACACCGGAUUGCCAUGGGAGUUGGGAGUUGCUGAGGCAACUCAUCAAGUUCUCACAAUGAACAAUCUUCGUUCUCGUGUCGUCCUUCAAGCUGAUGGUCAAAUCCGUACUGGUCGUAAUGUCUUGAUUGCCGCACUUCUUCCAUCUGAUGAGUUCGGAAUGUCCACCGCCCCACUCAUCGUUCUUGGAUGCACGAUGAUGAGAAAGUGUCAUUUCAACACUUGCCCAGUCGGAGUUGUCACACAGGAUCCUAUUCUCCGUGUCAAGUUCGAAGGAAAACCAAAACACGUUGUCCACUACAUGUUCAUGGUUUUUGAAGACUCUCCAAGCUUGGUCUCAAGAAGUUGUACGAAGCCGUUGGUCGCACGGACCUUCAGAGAUCGAUAA